GCUUCCAAGCCCUGCGCGACACCAGCAGAGAAUUUUCUUCCACAGAUUAUGGCCCCUCCAUAAAAAAACUGAUCGAGCGGAUGGAGGAUUCUGCCGUCGGACAAUCAAGUGCAGCUUCUGGGAACAUGGUCCAGACAAUUCUAACAUCAAUGCCCGCAACCAACACGGACACAAUCGCUGUGAUUUCUUCAACCCUCGUAGUAGAGAUCACAAUUCGUUGUGCUCCACCAUCGAGAUCAUCAUCGAGCCCCACCAUUGAGCCGGUCACGGGUGCGUCCAUGCUCCCAGAGGUGACGGUGAUGCCACCAAAUUCAACUAUAUCAGCUUCACGGAUGUCAGAAGAAGUGGCACCUCAAGAUCAGGAGGGUAGUAAUCAUGACCAAUCUGCAGUUGUACCUCAAGUUGGGAUGUCUUUCAAAUCAAAGGAUGAUGCAUAUGAGAUGUACAAUGCAUAUGCUAGGACUAUUGGUUUUAGUAUAAGAAAGAACACUACAAGGCAAAAAAACAUAGAUCGGAUGGAAGUAUAUAUCAGAAGCACAUAGUUUGCAGCAAUCAAGGAC